AUGGGAACAAUUGGUGAAUAUGGCUGGCAACUGGCUGUUGGUGAUGUGGAGUGUUGUGUCUGUGUGCUGCAGAUGGGUGGUGAGCGACUUCUGGUGCAGUGGGAGCGGUACGAGUCGGCCGUGCUGGCGCACCUGCGGCGCCUGCUGGCGGCUGAGGCGUUCGUCGACGUCACGCUCUAUUGCCAGGGUCACCGCCUGCGUGCUCACCGCGUGCUACUCUCCGCUUGCAGCCCCUACCUUCAGCGCGUGCUGCUAGAGCACCCGUGCGGCGUGGGCGAGUCAGUGACGGUGAUCCUGCACGACGUCAGCCACGAGGACAUGCGCCGCCUGCUGGACCUCAUCUACACUGGAAGCACAGAAGUGCCGGGACACGACUUGUCGCGCUUCCUGUGCACCGCCAAGGCGCUAGACCUCAGCCUUCUGCGGUCGGCCGCACUGCGGAUUUGUGAAGUGGCCGCCUCACCCACCGCAGGAACCGAGAGAGGACCCACUCCCCCCAGCACCCUCGCCGUCCCCUCAUCAUUGCCAGAAACAACGUCAGUGCCGUCUCCAAAGGAGCCUUCCCUCCCACACGGCCAGUCUCUGCUGAUGGCCCCACAACUCGGUGGCCCUGACUCUGCAGACCACUUGCUGCAGGCGCCAUCUGCUGGUCCGCCUAUACCACCCCCUGCGUGUCAGGGCCCUCUAACGCCAUCCUGCCCGCUGCCCACAACUGCCCACAGCCCCACCCAGGGUGCCGGCCAACCAACGAUGCAGGUGCAACUGUUGCGGAAUUGCCACUUCUUCACUCCGCCUCCCACUGUUACCGCCGUGGGAGAGUCGCCCCGGACCUCGAGUGUGAGCCAACACAUCCAACCCUGGAUGCCACCAGAUGGUAGCCCAGAACAGAGCUUCAUUGCUGUUAUGGAGUACGUGGGUGUUGACUGUUAUCAAUUUAUCAGAGAUCUGGAGGCCAAAGAUGUCAAAGGCGAUGAGGCUGAUAAUAUUAGGACUGUUUCAGUCAGUCAAGAUGAACGUCACUCGCUGCAGCAGUAUAGGAGGAAGAAGCAGCAGAAAACUGCACCCGUGACAUCAGCAUCAGUAGGUUCCAACCUGUCCCAGUCCUGUCCUUUAGCUCCACCCGUGGCGUCAGCAUCAGCAGAUUCCAACCUGCCCCGGUCCACUCACGUGAAGACCGCGGACUCGUCCACGCAUGAUCCUGUAGCGCAGCUUCUCAGCACGCUGGAGCAGGAUGGCGAGGUGUUAAUGUCGGUGCCGGAGGCUAUGCUUGAUGGAGCUCCACAGUACUGGGCUCCUUCAUAUGCAUCAUCCAUUGAUCAUCGGCCAAGAGACCUGCCGCCAUCAGUGCAAGAACAGCAGGCUAACCGCGCUGAUAUUUGUUUUACAUUAUUCAUAAGCAUUGUGCUGAGAUAA